CCCGCGCUUCCUUCCACGGAUAUACGGAUUUCGUUAGAGUUGCUCAGGCAAAGUCGAGUCAGAGUUCAGUUCUGAGUCAGCUUACUCGACUCCUUACAGCGCUACACCUAUCGGCCACAUUCGCCAUAUUCACGUGAUUGCAUCGCUCACGACUUCGUGCGUCGAGCGGAUCUUGUCUCUCAUCAUCAGUCCAGAUCGAGAGUCCAAGUGGAGUGUGAAAGUUAGAGUUUGAAAUCACGAGUGUUCAUAUCCUUAACUCUACUCCACCCCUCUCUCGCCCUCGCCACCUUGAGCACAGUGCAGGGGGUGAAAUUGGUGUUUCGUCAUGGCCACAUCCGCAACGACAUCCACUUCGGGCCCAUCCGACAGUCAGACUUCCUCCUCACCCGCACCCGCGCCCGCACCCACGCCCGCUGCCUAUGCCGAAGCUAGACGAACGCGACCAUCCGUGAUCGGAGACGAUGCGGGAUUGUCUCACGAACAGGGCAAGACUUAUCCGAUCUACCUGCGAGGAGAUGUGCAAAAGGGAUUCGGAAGGGGUGGAAAGGAGCUUGGGUGCGCUACAGCCAAUCUGCCUUCCAGCGUAUUCGACCCGCCCAGCAAGCUGACAGAGACCGGCGUGUACUUCGGCUACGCCAGCGUCGAUCUUGACGCUGAGACUGGCGGUGCGAAGGACGGAGGAGUUUGGCCCAUGGUGAUGAGCGUAGGUUGGAAUCCUUUUUACAAGAAUGAGCAAAAGACUGCUGAGGUGCACAUCAUGCACGAAUUCCAACACGACUUUUACGGCAAGCACAUGAAGGUCGUCGUGCUGGGUUACAUUCGACCAGAAUUCAACUACGUCAGCCGAGAAGCUUUGAUAGAAGAUAUCGAGACGGAUAAGCAGGUUGGACUUCGAUCGCUGGAUAGACCAGCCUGGUCAGCGUACAAGCAGGAUUCGUUCUUUGCAGAGCAUGCAUCGUGAUAGACCAAAAAAAAAAUCAGAUGACCCUCUGAAAUCGACACGAAUGCAUAAACCAACACGCCGAGCAGUGUAGGAUCGAGAUGCUGAGAAAGCAUUGGUUGCCUCACGAAGCUGUGCGGACGGCGCCUCUUGUUAUUACAUUGGGUAAGAUGUGUUUGAUCAGGCUGGAC